AUGGGAAAGGCAAAGGCACCCCGGAGGACCGGCGCAGCCUCAGCUUCGUCUCCCUACGCUCGCCCCACUACUGGCAAGGCCGGGACCAAGAAGAACAAUGUCUUCAAGUUCAACACCAACGUUGGCCAGGCGUUGCAGAUGUGUGGCAAAAGCCGAAGAACGGGCAACAUCACGACCAGAAUCUUGGAGAAAGCCCGGAAAUGCAUAGCCAUCGAACUCGAUCCUCGCAUGGCGGCCGAAGUAACAAAACGAGUCCAAGGCGGUCCGCUGCAGAAGAAGCUUGAGGUCCUUCUGGGAGACGCCAUAAAGACGGAGUUUCCUCCUUUUGAUGUUUGCAUCUCGAAUACCCCCUACCAGAUCAGCUCGCCCCUCGUGUUCAAACUUCUCUCGCUCCCGAACCCGCCGCGGACAGCCGUUCUCAUGUUUCAAAAAGAGUUCGCCCAGCGUCUUGUUGCUCGGCCCGGCGACACUCUGUACUGCCGGUUGAGUGUCAAUGCCCAGUUCUUUGCCCGCAUUGCCCACGUGCUGAAAGUCGGCAAGGCCAAUUUCAAUCCGCCACCCCAGGUUGAGUCUGCCGUCGUGCGAAUUACUCCCAAGACCGGCUCCGAGAGGCCCAAGUUCAACUUCAGCGAGAUGGACGGCAUGCUGCGGGUUGCCUUCAACCGCAAGAAUCGCACGAUGCGCGCCUCUUUUGCCAGCAAAGAGGUUCUAGCCAUGCUAGCGCGCAACUACCGGGUCUAUGCAUCGAUCAACGGCAUCGCCUUGGACGACAGCCUGCCGCCAGCCAAGACGCCCAGCCGGCGCAAGCGCACAAAGGUCGACGAGCUGGUGCGCGCCAAGGUGCUGCGCGUGCUGGAGCGUCUGGAAAUGGCCGAUCGCCGGUCGCGGCAGUGCGACGAGGGCGACUUUCUGCGGCUGCUCGAUGCGAUGAACUCCGAGGGAAUUCGCUUCUCGUGA